ACUCACAUGCACGCAUGUCAUGUCCCCUCCCUCCCCUUUUCCAUCAUUUCAAUUCAAAGUCCCCACCAAAAAUUUAUUUAUAACCCCAAAUAAAAUUUUAAAAAAAAGAAAAAAAUACGAAGAAGCAUACGAAGGAUCAAGAACAGCCUCGAGCAACAGCAAAAGAUCAACCUUUUAUCCCUUUUACCAAUCAUUGAUUAACAAUCUGUGUUUUUCAAAGCUUCUUGUCUUUUUGAGACAUACCCAGAAGAGAAGGAGCAGAGGAUCAUCCGAGAGGAACAGAUCAAUUGGGUUCUCUGUGUGUUUGAUUGAUGAUGGAUGAUGAUAACAAUGCUUCAUCCAGCACCUUCAGGAGAAGAACCUUGCUUAAGGUCAUUGUCUUGGGUGACAGCGGGGUUGGGAAGACAUCUUUGAUGAAUCAAUACGUGUACAACAGGUUUACCCAACAGUACAAGGCCACCAUCGGAGCUGAUUUUGUCACCAGGGAACUCCAGAUUGAUGACAAAUUGGUCACCUUGCAGAUUUGGGACACCGCAGGGCAGGAGAGGUUUCAAAGUCUCGGGGCAGCGUUCUACAGAGGAGCUGAUUGCUGUGUCAUGGUGUACGAUGUGAAUGUGUCGAAGUCAUUUGAAUCACUUAACAACUGGCAUGCGGAGUUCCUAAAGCAGGCAGAUCCAGCUGAUUCUGAUACGUUUCCAUUCAUAUUGCUCGGGAACAAAGUCGAUGUUGAUGGAGGGCACAGUCGUGUGGUGUCCGAGAAGAGAGCAAGAGAGUGGUGUGCUUCAAAAAGGAACCUUCCUUACUUCGAAACCUCGGCUAAAGAGAACAUAAAUGUCGAGGAAGCAUUCCUUUGUGUUGCUCAGAUAGCACUCUCAAGUGAUCAACAACCGGACAUUUAUUAUCCAGGAAUAUCAGAAUCUGUUUCUGAUUUAGAACAAAGAGGGGGCUGUGCAUGCUGAAACUUCAAACGGAUUGACUUGUUCUGCUUUCUUCAAUUUCCUCUGCCUAAUUUUUUAAAAUUAUUUUAGGGAUAUUUUUUUCCAUGACUGGUCUACAAUUGAUUGUAUAGCUAUAAAAUUUGAUUUUUGCUUUUGUACCUUUUGAAAUUUUCUUUGGAAAGGAUGAGAUUAGAUUGCAAAGAAAUAAUCUCAUAUAUUGACUUGACAACAUUGGGGUCGUUCACAA